UGAAGCAUUUUGAAUCACGAAGUUGAAGAUGGAGUGCAAGGCUUUUCAUUUGAAGAUGUAUUUGAAUAGGCGCAUAGACGUAUGUUGCUGAAAUUGAUGGUCCGUUGUUUUCCAGCCAUACUUUUGCUCUGGUGAUUGGUAGUCGUGUUUCUGGAUUCUCCAUCAUUGCAUCGAGGUCCACAUCUCGGCAGUUGCAUUCCACGGUUCCGUCGUUGUGGUUUGGGAAGCAUUCUUUGCAGGCUUCUUGGUCGAGUGAACAGUUUAAUGAUCGAGCUGCUUCUUCUGUCGCACAGUGUAGAUCAACAGGUAGUCGACUGACGAUUGAGACGGUUUGUCCAUUAGUGACGAAUGUUGAUCCAAGUACUGGCAUAGGCGGAAGAGAGAUUGCCAAGGGUGUGAUGGUGAUGUUCCCCCAUGAUGAUGUGAUGCCGGGAUGUAAAAUGAUAGAUUUGGUUCGUCGUUUGCCACCAUUGGUUUCUAGUUUUAGUUCGACGUCUAUUUGUGGGCUCCAACUUGGGCAGGUGAAGACUUCGAAGACGUUUGAACUGGUUGGUCGAGCAAAAUAUCGGUAG